CCUCCUGCUGCCCGCGCCCGGUGAGCUCAUGGCGGCCAUCCGCAAGAAGCUGGUGGUGGUGGGCGACGGCGCGUGCGGCAAGACGUGCCUGCUGAUCGUAUUCAGUAAGGACGAGUUCCCCGAGGUGUACGUGCCCACCGUGUUCGAGAACUAUGUGGCGGACAUCGAGGUGGACGGCAAGCAGGUGGAGCUGGCGCUGUGGGACACGGCGGGCCAGGAGGACUAUGAUCGUUUACGGCCGCUCUCUUACCCGGACACCGACGUCAUCCUUAUGUGCUUCUCGGUGGACAGCCCGGACUCUCUGGAGAACAUCCCCGAGAAGUGGGUGCCCGAGGUAAAGCACUUCUGCCCCAAUGUGCCAAUCAUCCUGGUGGCCAACAAGAAAGACCUGCGCAGCGAUGAGCAUGUCCGCACGGAGCUGGCCCGAAUGAAGCAGGAGCCAGUGCGCACGGAUGACGGCCGCGCCAUGGCGGUGCGCAUCCAAGCCUAUGACUACCUCGAGUGCUCGGCCAAGACCAAGGAGGGCGUGCGCGAGGUCUUUGAGACGGCCACGCGCGCCGCGCUGCAGAAGCGCUACGGCUCCCAGAAUGGUUGCAUCAACUGCUGCAAGGUGCUAUGAGGGCCGCGCCCUGCCUCCCGUCCCUGCCAGCGUGGCUCCCCCUUCUUGGCCGGGUCGCCCACGAGCCGGGAGAAAGGGAAACCCACGCCCCCAAGGACACCACCAGACUGCCUGGCAUCUGCUGGUGGCUCUGGUUGGUCACGCCGAGAAUUAGCGUGGGCACCGAGCUCCCCCUUCCCAGUGUCUGUGUGUCCAGCUGUGUGGCACAGGCCUGGGCGCCCUGCUGAAUGCCAAGGGGUUCCUGAGCCAGGCCUCAAAGUGUGGUUGUGUGUAUGUACGACUCCCUACACCCCCACCCCACUCUUGCCCCACCCCCGCCUUUGGUUUCCCCAGAGGCACGCAGAGAGGUCGAGCUCCAGCAGAUGUUCCGCUUGUAACCAGCAAGCCACUAGUGUCCCACCGUGUCUGUAACAUAGACCCCUGGAACCACGGGAGGGGAGGGUUGGGGAAGAUGAUGGGGGUGUUACAUAAAUACAGAUUUUAUUUUCGGAGGCGGAAUGGUGUUGUUUAGUGGUGGUGAGUGGUGUGACCCAGGGCGCAAGAGCAACUCCUUUCCCAGGCUGGAUCAGGUGCCCUCCCAUCCGAGCAUGAACUGGACUUGGCCAUCUUUUCACAUCCUGGGAAAGACAUUUGCAACUGACUUGGGGUUGAGAGGAAGCGGCUUCCAGAUAGUCUCCUGGGCCAACCCCCAGCGAACCUCCUUUCCAGCCACCGGUGGAGGAUCCAGGGUGUGCUACGGGGGCCACUUUUGCCAUAAUCGAACUUUGUGCCUGUCCCACAAGUGAACGUUGUUCAGUCCAAGAGACUAUUGUUACUGAAUUUAUUUAAAGGCUGAAGCUUUUUUUUGUUAUUGUUGUUGAUGGAAGAAUUCUUUGCACAAUUGUCUCAUUGUUCGACAUUCAGUGCACUUGUCAUUUGCAUAAGACAGCAUUCUGACCACACUUGUAUGCUGUAACCUCAUCUACUUCUGAUGGUCUUUUUUUUUUUUUUAAUACUAUGAUGACUUUAAGGCGAUUAAAAAAAAAAACACUAAUUUUUGCUUUGUUUUCUUGAAAAAAAGUGUCAACACUGUUUUGUGAUUUUUAUUUGUAUAGCUUACGCACACUGUUUUGAUAAAGGAAGGCAACAUAUUGGGGUCUAUUUAAACCUCUCCCCCCCAUUUCAGCUAUGUGAAAUUUUCUCUACGAUGUGCAGAGAAAAGCCUCCCCCUACUCCCUUUCCCUCACCCCUCCCCAGCCCAGUGGUACUUCUACUUUAAUUGUCUUGGGAUUUUUUUUUGUUUGUUUUAUUUUAUUUUUUAAAUAAACUGACAAAUGACAAAGUGGUGAGCUUACGAUGUUUACAUAAAAGUUCUAUAAGCUGUGUAUACAGUUUUUUAUGUAAAAUAUUAAAAGACUAUGAUGACAUUUA